AUGUCUUGUCAUUUCCGAUUUCCUCACUUCACGCACGAGUGGGGACAGUACUCUGUGAUUGCCCGCGUCGAGCCUACUACUGUUGUCAAGGACGACAUUAUCAUUUUGAGUUCGCACCAAGACUCGAUCAAUAAGAAAGACCGAAGGGACCUUGUGAAGCGCAACAUCGCCCCCGGGGCCGACGAUGACGGGUCGGGCACCGUGACCAUCUUGGAGUCGCUCAAGUACUUGCUGGCGACCCCUGAGUGGACCCCCAUUAGGCCCGUGGAGUUCCACUGGUACGCCGCCGAAGAAGUCGGACUGAAGGGGUCCAGGGCAGUGGCGGCGGAGUAUGCGAAGGCCAACACAGCCGUGUACGCCCAGAUGCAGCAGGACAUGACGGGUUACGUCCGCCCUGGCACGACCCCCGUCGUGAAUUUGAUCUCCGACUUCACCAACAAGAACCUCAACACUUUCUUGGAGACGCUCGUCGCGUCCUACUUGGACAUCCCUGUGUCGCACUCACGGUGCAAAUACGGCUGCUCGGACCAUUUCUCGUGGAACGCGACGGGGUACCCCGGGUCGUUUCCGUUUGAAACCGACUUUAAGGACUUGAACCCGAACAUCCACACCCAAAACGACACGAUCGCCACCAUCGAUUUCAACCACAUGGCCGAUUUCACCAAGCUCUCAAUUGCGUACGUUGUCGAGCUGACUCAGGACAGCGCCACGGCAUGCUAA